UUUAAAGAAGGGCGGAAGGAGUUCGGAGUCUUACAGGAAGAAGACUCGAAAGUUUGUGGUUAUUGUUUGAUCUGAUGAACGUGUGUCUGCCACCUCAUCUGUGUCCGCGCUGGAAAACACCUGAGCACACCUGAGCACUGACCUUUCUGCAGGAGAGCGGCUUCAAUGCGGCCAUGGCGCUGAAAUAAACAGGACUUUUUCUUUAUGUGCUGGAGAUAACAGAGGGCUGAGAUGGCUAUCGCCCAUGUGGCUACAGAGUACGUGUUCAGCGACUUUCUGCUGAAGGAGCCGAACCAGGCUCGGUACCGCAGCGUCCGAACGGAGCUGGCUGUGGACAAGAUGGUGACCUGUGUGGCCGUCGGCCUGCCCCUCCUCCUCAUCUCUCUGGCCUUCGCUCAAGAAGUCUCAGUUGGUACUCAGAUCAGCUGUUUUGCUCCCUCUAACUUCUCCUGGAGGCAGGCAGCCUAUGUGGACUCGUACUGCUGGGCAGCCGUGCAUACACACACUCUACCUCUGUGGCUGCACAAGUUCUUUCCCUACAUCCUGUUGCUGGUGGCGGUGUUGAUGUACACCCCGGCGUUGUUCUGGAGAUUUUCUGCGGCGCCCCUCCUGCAGUCGGACCUCAGCUUCAUCAUGGAGGAGUUGGACCGGUGCUACAACCGCGCUGUCACUCUGGCCAAGCGCAUGGCCACGUCAGGACUGUUCUCAUCGGAAAGGUACAGCAGGACACACUUUAGUUUGGUGCAACAACAUUUAAGUGCUGAUUUGAAAUGUUCUUCUUCUGUGUUUCCUCUCAGCUCUUUGAACACCGACCCCACCGAGGGCUGCUUCAAUUACCCGCUGGUGGAAAAGUUUCUGAUGACCAAGCGUUGCUCGCGGACAUUGCUGUUUUACUACCUGCUGUGUCGCUGCCUGACUCUCGUCACCCUGCUGUGUGCCUGCGUCUACCUGGGCUACUAUCUCCGCCUGGCUUCUAUCACGGACGAGUUUGGCUGCUCGCUGCGUGUCGGACUGCUCGUCACCGACCCGAGCGUCCCCGACCAGGUGCAGUGUAAGCUCAUCGCUGUAGGAGUCUUCUCUCUGCUGAGUCUGGUAAACUUGAUCCUGUUCAUUGCACUGAUUCCUGUGGUGAUCUAUGCCAGCCUCCGUCCCCUCUUCUGCCACGGGUACGCCCACUUUCUGGAAACCUACCAAUCACUGCCCACAGUGGGUGUCCUGCCCAGACCUGAUGGCCAAUGGGACGAUCUCUCUCUGUAUGUCCUCUUCCUGGACGAGAACAUCAGUGAACUGAAGUCCUACAAAUACAUCAAGGUGUUGGAGUUGUUGAGGAAACGAGGCGAAUGCUCCGGGGAAAACUUUGAUGCCAUGGGUCUGCUGCAGACUCUCUGUCUGGUGAAGAUGGACACUGUGGACGGGAUUAAACCUACCGGGGCUGCAGCGAAACCGGAUCAAGGAAAAACAAACGCAGCCGAGUCUGCCAGCAGCUCCACGGUGACCAAGAACAGCUGCAAGCAUCCGAACUCAGCCGCUGAUGACAGCAAGAUGGAAACUGAGAUGAAAGAGCUUGAUCCCUUGCUGUCGGGAAACUGUGAUGUAACAGGAAGCAGACAGAGUGAAGGAGGAACUCUCCGGCAGAGAGCGAUGUGAUUGGCUGCUGAAUUGGCGAUGGAGACCUGGACAGAGGUGUUACUGUGAGGAAAUAAGUUCACCACUGUCCCAUGAUGCAGCCACAGCUCAUGAUAAAAGCUGUAGCACAGUCACUGUUCAUCAAAGUUUCAUCUCAUCUUCAAGACUUUCUUCAAUGUGAGAUUCAAAAAUCAGAUUUUUAGUAUUUUUUUUUUUUCUUUUCUUGGAACUGGAAUUAAACUGAAAUGAAGCGUUGGUUCAUCUAAGACGAGACGUAGAGUAAAACUCAUGUUGGUUCCAGCUCUCAGGAAUCAUUACGUCAUUAUUACAUCACUACAGGACUGAAAGGCAGAAAGUUACACCUGUUCUGCCCUACGAGUUAUGGGAUAUGAUGACAUCAGACUGACAGUGUCAGGAUGUGGUACAUGUGUACAUGUUUAUACAGUUAUCAGAGGUGUGUGUGAUUGUCUAUUUAAAGUGCAGUACAGUGAGUAUGCAGUAAAUACUGUUACAGUACAAGAGGUCGCCUACUGCCUGAACCAGCAGGAGAUUUACGGUGUGACCUCGAAAGUUAACUGAUCUUUAUUUGUUCACCUCUCGUUUAGAAAGUGUCUUUAUACUGACACCACGUGACAAUUUCAGCUUUAAAUUCAAACUUUGCAGUUGACAAAAGGAGAGGCGAUGUGUUUGUUUGCACUGUCAUUGUGGGAGAAUGUAAUUUUCAUGAGAUUGUCUAUCACAUUUCAAGACGUUGUCAUGUCUGUAAAGGUGAAUACCACUCAGUGAGGAGUUUAUUCUUGCUGUUAAACUCUUUGAUUUAUUUUAGAAGCGUGUUCUCAGUUUUUUCACAUGAAUUCCUGAUUAGAUUGGUCAUUCAUGUGGACUGGAUAGUUCUCAUAUGUAGGUCUGGUCAUUUACAUGUCAAGCUACAGCUGCCAUCGAUCUGUUUCUCAACAAAAACGGUACAAGGUGUUCAUUGUUUAAUAAAUUCAGAAUUUCUCCAGAAUUUCCAGGGAACCGACAAAUCAGAGGUGAUAACUCAAAAAAGUGUUCCAGAUGUUUGGAUGAAUUAAACUCUGAGCUGUUUGUGAAUCUCAGGGAUGAAAACAUCUCACUACAUCACGUGACAGCGUGUCAGUGUUUACGUGUGGCCUCUUCCACUGCCUGUAUAUAUGUACUGCACUAAGUGGAACAUUGUAACGUGUUGUCAUGAUGUUACCGUGGCAACAUCAUGUUUUAUGAACUCUUCUUUGUUCAUAUGGUGGCUAAAUGUUAUUGAGUCACUUUAUUGAUGUAAAGUCUGAAAGAAGCUGAAGCUUGUUGUGAUGUGGGGAAACUUUUUCAACUUGUGAACUGACAUUUUAAUGUUUUAGAUCUGAUGAUGAUUAUUACACUUUGUCUAAAAAUAAAUGGAACAGACUUUAAUGUUGAGUUGGAU